AAUAUCGAUGUGCUUACACAAUUGCAUCGAUAAUUUCUAAAUCUAUUUAAUAUAUAUAUAUUUGAAAUUUAUGUCGAUGAGUCUAUUUGAAAUGAAUUAAUAUUUAAGAAUUACAAUUACCAGGUAUACUUUUAUUAAUUGAACGUUUUAGAAUUUAUGAUGCAUUUGUUAAGUAUUUCAAAUGUAAUACUAUUAUGUGUAUUUAUUAAGAAAUUAAAAUGCAAUAAAAUUGAUCUGGACAAUCUCGAUGUUGUUAAAGUACAUGAAUACAUAGAAAAGAAUAAGCCGCUUAUGGAUUUAACAAUAAAUGGUGACACUAUUUACACUCAAUCCGAAUCUUUUUUGUCAGAUCGAAAAUUUUAUAUUCAAAAUCAAAGGAACAUUGAUCUUAAUACACCUCCGGUCGAGAAUAGAGAAAUAGGAAUUUAUAAAACUACUGAACAUAUUAUAAAACCUAACGUCGCAAACAGUACAAAUGGAUCUAGAGAAUUAAGAAUUCUAGAUCAUAUCGAUGGAAUUCCAGUCAUUGGAUCACCCUUAGGAUCAAUUAUGGAACAAAUUCUUAUCAAUGUCGAUACGCCCAAUUAUUUAGAGGCUAUAAUAUGGCUGCAAAAUGUAAUUGAGAGUAUUGGAAUUUCUGGAGUAACUAGAUACUGCGAAAUAACUACAGCAUUGUUAAAUACUCAAACAAAAGUGUCAAUUCUACAUAAAAAGUAUUCGACAUUUAUACAAAUGUUAGAAAAUCUAUUUUAUGAAUAUCGUUUAUUUGGCGCUCCAAUUAAAAGAUUAAUAGAAAUUAUUGCGGAGUAUGAAAAGUCCCCUGAAAGUAGCCAUGCUAAAAAAUCUUAUUCAAAGUCGUGUGUAUUACUAGCUAAAAAUUAUAGCAAAUAUACUCGUUUAGUGAAUGCUUUUGUUUGGAAAGAUGUCUUAGAUUUAACAACUACUAAACAAAUGAAAGAUGAAUUGGAAUAUGUGAUAGCAUCUUGUUAUUUAAAAUUCAAUAAGACAUAUUUGACUUAAUAGUAUCUUUUUACAUAAUAUUUGUUAUGUGUUUUCAAUUUAUUUUGUCAAAUAAAAUUGUUUUAAUAAAAAAGUACUUCUUUA